AUGGAAACGGUGCGCUCUUUUCCCCUGAACACCAGUACUCCCAUGCGCCAACCAUCGGCGGAGGAUUUGGACGCCGCUCAGCAGUUGGUUUCGUCGGCACAGGCCGGUCGUGAACACUUGGCAGAUCAUUAUGGGGAGGCUCCUAUAAAACUUUCUGGAAGCCCCCCUCUGCAGAAUGGGCCUGAUAAUCGAUCGGAACUGGAAAAGACUUCCCCACGGGGCCAAAAAGAUACAUCCUUUCUGGGGCAUUCAUGCAGCAAUUGUGGAACCAAAAGUACCCCUCUCUGGCGACGCUCUCCAACGGGUGCCAUGAUUUGCAAUGCCUGUGGUCUUUACCUGAAAGCUCGCAAUGUUGCUCGCCCAACAAAACGAAAUCGCGUCCAACAGACCCCUGACGGUCCCGAAAGCAAACCUCCCACCACUCAUCAUAUGGAAUCUACUGCAACAUCAGAAGGGGGUUGCAAAGGCUCUUGUCCUGGUGGUGGAAGCUGCAACGGCACUGGCGGCGCAGAGGGAUGCGAUGGUUGCCCCGCAUACAACAACCGCAUCUACAAGUCUGCGCCUCGGGGUGGCCCUCAUUCUGCUUGGGGUCGCACUUCAACACCCGAUGCCGGGCCAACACCCCCUCCGCCAGUGGCUGAGGCCCCGGCGAAAAACGCUGCUGUUGAUAGCAAUGGAACUUUGGUUGCAUGCCAGAAUUGCGGGACGACCGUGACUCCACUUUGGCGACGAGAUGAGCACGGUCAUCCCAUCUGCAAUGCGUGUGGCCUAUACUAUAAGCUCCAUGGCUGCUACCGCCCCACGACCAUGAAGAAGUCGAUCAUCAAGCGUCGGAAGCGUGUCGUUCCAGCCCUACGAGAUCAAUCCCCCACUGCUGCGACCCAUUCCUCGAAUGGUUCCUCGGCCUCCCCCGAAGCAUCCCCCGCAGCAUUGGCUCACGUACACGAAGAUCAUUUCCGAUACAUGAGCAACGAACCCGAUCAUUACCAUGCAAUGCCCGGAAGAGGUGCACAUGAAGAUGCACCCCGACCCUUGCCCUUUGCUCCACCCCCGGUGGACUUUACUGGCUACGUUAGCUCCGCUCCCAUGCAUCACCACCAACUUCCCAAGCUUCUAGAACCCGAGCGAUUGAGUCAUUCGCCUGCUCAAUUUGCGCGACGAUCUGCAUCUCCGAAUUCUCUUGGGCUUCCCAAGAAACGCACCCUGGCUGAGACUUCGGAAGGUCAUGCACCAGCAACACUUGGAGCAGGUUCAAAUCAGCUGCCACCCAUUAUGUUGUCGAGCAGCCAUACUCCUCCGGGUCGCUUGAGCUCAAUUUCAUCCAUCUUGAAUCAGACAGAACGCCGAGAGGACUCUCGAAUGGACCUCUCGCCCAUGGGUCGGCCACAGCCUUACCAAGCACCUAUGCAUUCCGCGCCUCAUCCGCCGCAAAAUUUGCCUGGGAUUUCUUCUUUCGCGGACCAGCCAUCUGAUGAGCGCCGCGCCCUGUUGGAGCGGGAAGCCGAAUUGAUGCGAGAGGCAUUACGUGCCAAGGAGCGGGAAUUGGCUCAGAUGGGGCGAUAA